AAUCCCUCCUACUUCUACGGUAGUUCUCGCAUGUUUGUCGCUCGUCGAAAAUGGCUGGUGACGGAGAGCAACAGCGGGCACAUCGGGCAGGGAUUUAUAAGCGGAAAAACAAGCAACACAAACAUGGUAAACACCGGACAAAGGGAGAAAUUGAGCGAGAGAAUAAAGGUCGUGUCUCAGUGAUGGGUCUCACCAAGAAGCAGAGGAGGGAGCAGAAGAAGACUGACCGGAGGCACAAAGCCAAUCAACUGCGACGUAACAAGAGAGAUGCGGUGCUGACGCAGAAGCGCAGUCUGGGCAGCAGGGACGGGCCCCCCCACCUGGUGGCGGUGGUGGCCCUGCACGACGGGGUCGACGCGGAGUCGGUGACGCGGCUGCUGAAGGGGGAGGGAGCGGGCGGCCUCGUGCAGGAGAAGGCCGGCGUGACGGGGGUCCCCGACAGCUUCGGUCUGCUCGUGCCCCGGUUCAAACAGAGGUUCAUCUUCGUCAACCCUGGCAAAGUGGACCUUCAUUCCCUGUUGGACUUGGCCAAGGUGGCUGAUAGCCUUCUGUUUGUGCUGGAUAGCACAGUUGGAUGGGACAGCUAUGGAGAUUACUGCCUGUCCUGCCUCUUCGCACAGGGGUUACCCAGCCAUGUCCUGGUGUGCCAGGGCGUGUCGGCGCUGCCGGUGAAGAAGCAGGUGGAGUGUAAGCGCGCGCUGCAGCGCGUGACGGAGGCCCGUUUCCCCGGGGAGCGGCUCUGUGCCCUGGACACGGCGGAGGAGGCCGCCCUGCUGCUGCGCUGCCUGGGGGCGCAGAAGCAGAAGAGCCUGAAGUUCCGCUCGCGGCGCCCGCACCUGCUGGCCCAGCGGGCGGCCUACGUCCCCGACGCGGCCACGGGGACGGGCACGCUGCGCGUCUCGGGCUACGUGCGCGGGCGCCCCCUGCAGGUCAACAGGCUCGUGCACGUCGUCGGACACGGCGACUUCCAGCUCGCCCGGGUCGACGCGCCCCCCGACCCCCUGCCCCUCGUCUUUUCCACCCAGCCCAAGCGCGCGAGGGGCGACGUGGAGAUGCAGGGCGGUGAUCAGGAUGUGAACGACGCCACAGUCAAGGUCCUGAUGGAAGCGGACCCCUCUCUCAGGGAGAGCCUGCAGAUAGAGGCUGAAGUUGACCCCAUGGAGGGAGAACAGACCUGGCCCACAGAGGCUGAGCUGCUCGAGGCUGAAGAGGCCAGGCGGAAUAAGAAGGUAAUGAAGGUGCCCAAAGGGACUUCGAGCUACCAGGCUGCCUGGAUCCUGGAUGAUGGAGAGGAGAACGGUGAAUCGGAUGGGGAAAGUGAGGAUGAUGAUGAUGAGGAGGAUAAUGUUGACACGAUGAUGGACGGGAUGGAGGAAGAAGAGGAAGAUGAUGCUUCUCAGGACGCAGGGUCUGGUGCUUCAGAGGAAGAGGAGGAGGAGGAGGAAGUGAGCUCCACUGGGCGUGGCCCGGCAGAGCAGCGAUACGAUGAAAAUAUGGACGAGGCGGAGGAGGAGGAGGAGCUGAGACGCUACCGCGAGGCACAUGCCAACGACAUGUUCCCUGAUGAAGUGGACACGCCUAUCGAUGUACAGGCCAGGAUCAGGUUCCAGCGCUAUCGGGGGCUGAAGAGUUUCCGCUCCUCGCCCUGGGACCCCCUGGAGAACCUCCCCCCUGACUACUCCCGCAUCUUCCAGUUCCAGAACUUUGAGCGCAGCCGGCGGCGGGUCCUGGCCGAGGCCGCCCAGGAGGAAGAGGGGGCGAUGGUGGGCUGGUAUGUGACGCUUCACAUCGUGGACGUUCCCCCCUCUGUGAUGGAGAGUUUUCAGGCUGGACGACCGCUGGUCCUGGUUUCCCUGCUGCCUCAUGAACAGAAGAUGUCGGUGAUGCACAUGCUGGUUCAGCGGCACCCGGCCAUCACAGAGCCCAUCAAGGCCAAAGAGGAGCUGGUGUUCCAGUGUGGCUUCCGCCGGUUUCGGGCCUGCCCCACUUUCUCCCAGCACACCUCCGCUGAUAAGCACAAAAUGGAGCGCUUCCUGACAGCGGGGACUCCCACAGUGGUGUCUGUGUACGCCCCCAUCACCUUCCCCACGGCCGGCGUGCUCCUCUUCAAACAGAGGCCCGAAGGCGCGCAGGACCUGGUGGCCACCGGCUGCCUGCUGGGCUGUAACCCUCAGCGUGUGAUCCUGAAGAGGGUCGUGCUGAGCGGACACCCCUUCAAGAUCAACCGGCGCUCCGCCGUGGUCAGAUACAUGUUCUUCAACAGGGAGGACAUCCUGUGGUUCAAACCCGUGGAACUGCGCACCAAAUGGGGGAAGAGAGGCCACAUCAAGGAGGCUCUGGGUACACAUGGACACAUGAAGUGUGUAUUUGAAAAUCAGCUGGGCUCUCAGGACACCGUGCUGAUGAACCUGUACAAGCGAGUCUUUCCCUCCUGGACGUAUGACCCCUACGUACCCCUGCCCUCUAUCAGAGAGGGGGCUGGACGGGUGGAAGAGCUCAAAAUGGAGUAGAGAGGAGAGGUGAAAUGGACUUAUGAGCAGAGGGGUGAUGUUAGCGAAGAGUGAAACUAUUUUCCACUAACACAAGGAAGUGCAGUAAUCAUAUUUUAAUUAAAAUGUUCACAUAUGUCA